AUGCUACGGACCCGGGCGGGUGGCCGAGGCGGCGGCGAGGCGGGGGACCCUGCCGGCUCCGCUCGGCGCCGCCCCCGCUCCCGGCUCCUGCAUGUGUCGCUGCGGCUGGGACCCCCCUCCCUACACCUUGGGGGUCCCACGCCCCACGCCCCGGGACGAGGCAGAAGCUCCGGCGCCUCCUCAGCGUUCUCUCACCGCGGAGCAGCUACCCAGUCCCGGCCCGCGGUAGCCGCCUCCCUGCCCCCCAAGCCGCCGGCUCCGGCUCGGGCUCGGGCUCGGGCUCGGGCUCGGGCUCCGGCUCCGGCUCCGGCGUGUGCAGCCUCUGCUGCCGGCCGGGAAGGUGAGGGGGGGAGAGGUGUGCGGCCGCGGCUCCCGCUGACCCAGGUGAGGGCGAAGGUCUCAGCGGCGGCCAGUGCAGAGGGGCUGAGUCUCUCGGAUGCUCCUUCGCUCUUACUCUCGGCGGCGGCGGCGGCGGCGGCGGCGGCAGCGCCCGGAGCUCAGUUCGCUGUCUCCCUCGCUCUGUGCGGGGCUCUCGCCUCACUCUAGAGAGAGAGGGGCGGGAGGAGAGCGGCGCCUGCAGAUGACGCAAGUCACCUAGCAACCGCUCUCCUCCCCCUCCCUCUUCUUUCCGCUCUGAGGCUUCCUCCGCGGGCCUUUUUUCCUAGUCCAGCCACCCCGCCCUGGGCGCCUCUGGCGCGCUCUGAUGACGCUCCAAGGGAAGAGGAAGUGGGGAUAGGCGAGCGGGUGGGUGCGCCUCGGGCCGCGGGACUUGCAGCCGCCGCCGCCGCUGCUGCAGCCUCUACGGCCGCGUCAGAACUGAAGAGAGGAAGGGGAGGAGCCGAGACAAGCCUAAGCUGCCGCCCGAUCUUACCCCUGACCCGAGGGCGGCCCGGAGAGCUUGCUCUGUAGCGGUUUCCUGCGGGGCAGGUGGGACUGCUCCUUUGGGAGGAAGUAGGAGGCCCAGGCCGCGCCUUCAGGCAACUGCGCGCACCACCCGAAGAAUCAGUGAUAUUUUAAAACUGGAGGAAGGUGAGACCCAGAGAAAUUGACUUAUCCAGAGUCAGGAGGGCAAGUAAAUAGAAAGCCUGGACUCCACCCCAAGUCUUCAAAUACAGUACGCUUGCCAUUAUAUCACACUGACUCUGUCUUCUGGAACAAUAAGAUUCGUCAAGAUGGAAAAUGUUUACUGCCAAAGAAGAAAGAAACACUUCAGGGAGUGUGACUGAAGUAAGAGUGAUUGGGUCACAAAGAAAGGCUCCAAACUAAAGGUAUGAAGACAGGGAAGGCAUCUCAAUAAAACUGAAGGUGAAACAGUUCAUGCUGCACAUAUAAAUGAAUAGCAGCAGCAGUCAGAAAGCGUAUGUAUGUAUGAUUUUGUAAGUCACCUGUGAUGCACUAUAAUCACCUGGAAUUGGACAAAGGAUGGAACAAAAUCAACCCCUUUGCCUGCUUGCCUCGGGCCCACCUCCAACACACACACACAUGUGCACACACAAGGAUCUCUAAGUUAUAGACAGUUCAACGCAGCCCCUGGAGGAAACUGGUAUGGUAAAAGAUGUCUCACCUGGUGUUUAAAAUGAAACAAAGCAAAAUACAGGCAUAUACAAUUAAGACCUCUUUCUCAUCACAAGAAAGGCAGAGGUAGCUCUGCCUCUUCCUGGUUCCACACCCACUCCUCUAGCUGACCUAUUGUGACUUGCUUUAUUCUUCAGAUCUGACUUGAGUGUAUAAUUUAAGCUGGUUUGAUCUCUACACCAAUUGUAAUACAUCAAGUGGUAAAGAAGGUGACAAAAUGAAAACAAUACAAUUUUCCCUAAAUCCCACCCCACACAAGGACAGGCCAAACUUGAAUUGAGGUGUUUUGUUUUAUUUUUAUUUUUUUACACAGUCUCACUCUGUCACCCAGGCUGGAGUAAGUCUCACUUUGUCACCCAGGUUGGAGUACAGUGGCGCUAUGACGGCUCACUGCAACCUUUGCCUCCUGGGUUCGGGCAAUACUCAGCCUCAGCCUCCAAGUAGCUGAGAUUACAGAUGUGCACCACAGUGCCUGGAUAAUUUUUUUGUAUUUUUAGUAAAGACAGGAUUUAACCAUAUUGGCCAAGCUAGUCUUGAAAUCCUGGCCUCAGGUGAUGCCGGCCUCGGCCUCCCAAAGUAUUGGGAUUACAGGUGCAAGACACUGGUAACUCCAAUUAAACAAUUUUUUUUUCUUUAGAGAUGAGGUCUUGCUGUGUUGGCCAGGCUGGUGCCAAACUCCUAGCCUCGGGUGAUCCUCCCACCUUGACCUCCCAAAGUGCUGGUACUACAGGUGUGAACCAACACACCCAGCCCUCAAGAUAGAUUAAAACAAAACAAAACAAAAAACCACAAACACCACACCAACAAACCACACACAAUCCCCAAGAUUCCAAACGUUGGGCAAUGCUUCUUAAAGAGUUGAACUAUAACAGAUUUGGGGCAUUUUUUGAACAUCCCUAAUGAGGAGGUAAUAUAAAGUUAAUGCUUUAUAGUUAAAGGCUCAGUUCUACCACUUACCAGACAGGAAAGUCACACAGAGUGUCUGAAUCUCAUUGUCCACAUCUCUAAUGUAAGGGUUGUAAUAACACUUAUCCUUUACAACAGACAGUUAUCACAAAGAUAAAAUGAGAUAAAUGAAAGCAAAAGUAUCUAUCAUUAUCAUCAUCAUCAUCAUCAUCAUCAUCAUUGUUGUCAUUAUUCCUUCCCUGCCUGGAAAAAUACAGGUUGCCCAAGAGAUACCCAGGAAAGCGCCUAAGUAUUUUUAGGGUAUAAUUCAACCCUUGGUGAAACCUUGAAAAACUGGAAGUAUGUAGGUUGGCUUUCAGUUUCAGCAGAUUGUUACCACCAAAGAUGCAGCCUCCCGACAUGCUGGUUAUGCACCGCACAACUCCAGGGGACGCCAUUCAUGUAAUUCAGGACCCGUAGCUGAAAACUAAGGUUUAGUAAGUAGGUGAAGAUUUCAGCUCGCACUUUCUGUAAUAAACUCGUAAGUGGUUAAGCAAACUAGAUAGCUAGCUAUCUGAACAAUUGGCACAUGGCCCUCAUAUUUUCAAAUAAAUUUGGGAAGUACAAAACAUUCAAUGAACAAAAAGAAUCUCCAUUCUGGAGAUUUAACUAAGCCUUUUUUUUAAAGUGAUAAAAUAUAUUUACAGAUACUAAAACUAAAAAGAGACAACAAAAAGUGGAGGAAUUUUAGCUAUAAAAAAAAUCCCACUUAUUUGGAAAGGUAUCCAAUCUUAUUUUACUACAAAGAAAGUGCUAAAAAUAUGUUAAGUCUUACCUCCAAUUCUGAUAUCAGCCACAACAGAAAUGUCUCCUAAAAUGCAAAUUUUAAAUAAUAGCUCUAAAAGAACAGAAAGUUUCUUCCUCAUGCAAAUGAAUUUUGCUCUCGAAAAGAGAGAGUGAACUGCAGAGAGGAGACCGUGAUACCAGAGCCUCAUCCACUUGAGGGCAGGCAACUCUGACCCUAGCAUUUGGACAUUUUCCAGAAGUUUUCACUCCUAAAGUGUAGGCAGUUCCAAUCAACAGCUUAAAGGGAUUUUUUUUUUUUAACUUGAAAGUUAUCCCAAUCUUUAUCUGGAAGAGUAAACACAUGAAAAUAACAUGGAGAUUCUGGAAAGAAAUAUGGUAGGCAGCUAGCUCUACCAGGCACUAAAACAUAUUAUAAAGCAAGCUUGGCCAACCAGUGGCCCACGGGCUGCACGUGGCUCAGAAUGGCUUUGAACGCAGCCAGCAAACAAAUUUGUAAACUUUCUUAAAACAUCGUAAGUUUUUUUUGCUUGUUUUUUUUUUUCUUUUAGCUUAUCAUCUAUCAUUAGUAUAUUUUAUGUGUGGCCCAAGACAAUUCUUCUUCCAAUGUGGCCCAGGGAAGCCUAAAGGUUGGACACUCCUGUAUAUAAAGCAAUACUAAUUAAAACUUGGUGCCACUGGUAUAAGAACUGAACUGACAAAGCUCUCAAUGAAACAUAACCUAUACAUGAAUUCUAGUCUGUGUAAAAUACAUGUUAAAAGUUGUAUCACAAGUCAAUUGGGAAGAAAAGAUCAUCCCAUAAAUUGUAAUGAGCUGAAUAGCUAACAAUUGAAAAACAAAUCAACUCAUAUCUUUAUUUCACAGCAUAAAUAGAAACGAAAUUGCAGAAUAUUUAAAGAGAUGAAAAAGAAAAAAAAAUCAAGCUUUAGAUGAACUGAAAGAAAAUAGAAGUAUUUUUCAAGCCUCUGGAAAAAUCUGAGUUUCUAAGCUUGGAAACAAUAGAAGAUAUAAAAACUUGACAACAUAAGAACAACAUAAUUUUGAAAGUUAAAGUAAAAAGGCAACCCUGUGAUUGCAGCACUUUGGGAAGCCCAGGCAGGAGGGCUGCUUAAGGCCAGAGUUUGAGACCAGCCUGGGCAACAAAAUAAAACCCUGCCUCUAAAAAAAUUAAAAACAAAAGAAAGUAACAACAACAGAAAUAAAUAAAAUAAAAAGGCAAACAGUAACCUAGCAAAUACAGUCACUCAUGGAAAGGGGCUAAUAAAUCUAAAUGAAUGAGAUACAUAGAUAAAAAAUGAUUAAGACUCUUAACAGAUAAGUGCAUGCAAAGGGCAUGUUCCUACUUAAAAAAAAAAAAUGACCUGAAGUUGUGAUUUUAAAAAGAAACAAACAAAACGAAGACACAUCAUUUUAGCCCACUAAAUUGACAGAAUUAAAAAGGGAUGAUAAUAAAAUAGCAGGUAUGGAGAAAUUGACACAUUGUGCAUUUCUAGUGCCAUUUCACAUUUUAGAAAGCAAUAAAUUUGAUGACACAUGUCAAUAAAGAAAAUUAAAUGUAUACCUUCUAUCCAGGGGUCCGUUUUCUGGAAAUGAAGAAAAUAAAAGGUAUGUAAAAAGCCUUAUGCACUAGGAAAGUCAUUGAAUAUUACUUAAGACUAUGAAAGAAUCAAAUUAUAAGCUGAAUGUGGUGGCUCGUGCCUGUAAUCCCAGCCACUUGGAAGGCUGAGGAAGGAGAAUUGCUUGAACCCAGGAGGCAGAGGUUGCAGUGAGCCGAGAUCACAUCAUUGCACACCAGUCUGGGCGACAGAGUAAGAUUCCGUCUUAAAAAAAAAAAAAAAGAA